AUGAAGUUUGCAUCCCUUGCCAGCGUGCUCGCCCUUGCCGCCUCCGGUGUCAAAGCCGCCAACUCUGAAGACGCUGAGUUCUUGACCAAGUUGGUCUCUGACUACGAUGCCCACAAGACGCAGUAUCUUGCUUUUGCUAGAACCGCCUCUGCUCCAGCUGAACUCACGGAGUUGGCCACCAAGGUUGCCACUUACAAGGACGACUCAUACACGACGCUCUUGGACAACACGGACUACGACAUUUCUGCUUUGAAGGACUUUGCCACCGAGUUGCCUUGGUACACUAGACUCGAGGCCUCUGGCUCUGGCGGUAGCUCCGAGUCUGGUUCCUCCGACAGCUCCAAGUCUACCACCGCUGGCGGAGCCGGCUCUGCCAUGGUUGCCCCUGUGGGAGCUGCUGUCGGUGCUUUUGUUAUCGCCUUGUUGUAA